CGUUCUCGGGCGCAGUUUACGACCAGCUUGCGCUCCGGCGGUAUCGAGCGUGGAUCCGCGAUCAACUCCACCUUCGUGUGCGUGUGUGUGUGUGCGUGUGUGAUAGGGAGCGCAACCCCUCCGUCACGGUUGCGUACGAGACAGCGACGAACGAAAAUGUGUCCGACCUGCAUGUUCUGACGCUCUUGCGAACAAAGUGAAAAUUCGAUAACCCUCUUCCGAUUUUGAUAUCGAGCACACAGUUUUGGCCCUAAACGUGUGAAAAUCCCGACAACCCUCAACAAGUGCUCCUCUCGAUACGCAGCUUCACUUAAAAUCAAUGCAAAUAUCAUCAAUCGAUCACGCCCGAGGAUCGUUUGUGUGCGUGUUAGUGGCCGCUUUGUGAGAUCAUUUCUCUUCACCACCCUCCUCAAAACAACCUCCCCGAAAAAGUGUGUGUGUGUGUGUUUAGUAUUGGUAGCUCUCACUAUGGGCAAUCAGCACAGCAUAGCAAUUAAGCAUGGCAGUACCGCGGGCAAACCGAAGAAAGCCGUACACUGGAAAUCCGCAGAACCACCUGGCCCACCGGGUAAACCGGCCCUCGUGCCAGGCUCACCGUCCUCCGCACCGGAUGUGGUAACGAUCCGCUGGAGCCGUCCGACCACUGAUGGAGGCUCGCCGAUACUCGGGUACGUGGUGGAACAGCGAAGAACCGGCUCACCGCACUGGGUUCGUGCCUGUCCGUCGCUCGUCCAGCAGACGGAGCUGUCACUGAGCGGCCUAGAGCCGGGCUGGCGCUAUCAGUUCCGUAUUAUGGCCGAAAACAUUGUCGGACGAUCGGAGAGCAGUGAACUCUCGGACCCACUCACGGUGACACUGCAAAGGAAUGCCAUCUCAGCGCCACGCUUUGUGCACGAACUGUUCGAUGCGACUGCCGUGGAGAACGAGAAGGUCGAGUUUCGGGUGCAUGUGGCAGGGACACCUGCACCACAGAUCAGCUGGUUUAAGGAUGGGUUUGAGAUAUACAGCAGUCGGCGGGCGCGCAUCAUCACCGAGGCGGAUGUUAGUGUGCUCGUGAUCCAUCAGACCGCACUGACGGAUGAGGGUGAGAUUAAGUGUGCGGCAACGAACCGGGCAGGGCAUACGGUGACGCGCUGUCAUCUGACGAUCGACGCCUAUCCGAAGAUACGACUUCCUCGCCAGUACGAGGACGGAUUGAUCAUAGAGGCGGAGGAGGUGGUGCGCAUGAAGGUGGGCCUGGCUGGACGGCCACCGCCAGCAGUAGAGUGGGCACACAACGGAGAACCACUGACGAACGAUGGUCGGCACGAGAUCGUCACGACGGACAAGAACUCGACGCUCAAGAUCGUCAGCACUAAUCGAGCGGAUCGGGGCGAGUAUCACAUCCGUGCGCUGAACAAGCUUGGUGAGGACAAUGCAUCCUUCUUGGUGACGGUCACAGCACGUCCGGAGCCACCAGGGCGCGUGACGGUGGCAAUCUCGUACGGCAAGACGGCCACACUUAGCUGGUCCGCACCGGACGAUGAUGGUGGAUGCAAGAUCGGCAACUACAUCGUGGAAUACAACCGAGUCGGGUGGGAUGUGUGGCUAAAAGCGGCCACCGUCCGUCAGCUAACUGCGACGCUGAGCGAUCUUAUCGAAGGCUCCCAGUAUCGGUUCCGCGUGAAGGCUGAAAAUCCAUACGGAGUGAGUGAUCCGAGUGAAGAAUCGGAGGUCCUAUUUGUGCCCGAUCCAAAGCGAGGUAUUACAGAUGCAUCCAAAAUGCAAGCACAGCAACCCUCCACUCUACCCCGCAAACGACGUGAUCUGUCCCAAUCACCAAUGCGCGAGUCACUGCCCAAGAAAGCGUUCACGCCCGAACCGUACGGACGGGUGGACGUUAUGCGCGAGAUGUCCUACGGAACGCCGCUAGAUCGUAGCAUUGGGCAGGGCUACACAAAAACCAUCGCCCCUGUGCCAGCACUCGUCGUCACCGAACCAGCUCCACUAGCAGAGCCCGAGUCGGAGUCGGAAUCGAUCGGUCCUGUCAGUAAUGGGCGCGGAAUGGCGCCAUCUUCGCUCAAAGCGAUGCAAAAGUUCUCCAAAGAACCGAGCCCACUGAAGAUGUCCGAUCGCGAGCUUUCGUCCACCGGGAACAGUUCGGAUCAGAUGGGAUCGGGCUCGGAAAAUGAGUCCAACCAGCAGCAGCCCAGCUCGAAGGCAGCCAUCCACAACAGCUCCGAGUUUAUGUUGGUCCUGUACAACGAGCAAGAAGCGAAGAAAUCGACACCAAGCAGCAAACCCGAUGGAUUAGAUCGUCUUGCCAUCCCGCUGCAAUCGCCUUGGUAUCGGUGGAAGUUUCAGAAGGACAGAUUCUUCCUCGAACGUCUGCUUGCUAGGCAAGGUGUUGGAUCACGCUCUGGGAAGCCUCCUGGAGUUCCUGUUGAUCGUCAAGGAGUCUUCAGAAUACUGCUAGGUAAUUCUACCUUCGACUUUGAGCUGGAUGAGCUGGUGGCACCUCCACCGCCUCUAUCACUCUCCGCACCGGAGCUUAACGUGGAACCACCUCCUGCACCGACGAUGCGUGUUGGCGUAAGCUCAACGGAACUGCUCUACGAACGAGCAAUGGCACGCUUCUAUCAGGCCGUCGCCUAUGAAGAAUCGGAAAACCAGCGCAAGGAAGCCGAACAGGAACAGGCCGUCCGUCGUCGACAGGCAGCAGCAUCGGCACAGGAACCCUCUCAGGACGACAAAACAGGCGCUCCGGUCACGACCACAACCGUCAGCAAUCGACUGGCCGACCGACGAAGCAGCCUGCGCAAGCGUCUGUCCGGCGAUAAGGACUCGAUCGUGAAGCAGUCCAGCUUCGAGCAGGACCAGCCGAUCGUGCCACCGUCUCAGCAGCAGCAGCAACAGCUUUCACAUUCCACACUGGCCGAGGAAACGAUCGUCGAAGAACCGUCGCACGGUGUGGAGCAGCAGCAGCAGCAGCAGCUCGAAUCCUUCACCUCCCUCCCGAUCGGCUACUCGGAGGGCGAAGAGUCCGUCUCCUCCUCGAUGAACUCCAUGAUCGAGGAGUUGAAGAGGCGCGAGCAGCAGCAGAAGCUGCUCGAACAGCAAGUGCUCGUCCUGCCCAAGCGUCGUGGUUUCAUGGAUGACGACGAAACGGACGAAGAACCGUACCAUCCGGGUGGUGAACGUAUGCGCUCUCCUUACCGCAAUCCCGAUCCGAGCCAAGCGAUCGAAGUGCUCACCAAGCCGAUGCCGCUGCCCGAUCCUAACUUUGUGCCAAAACCCAUCCUCAAACGUCCAUCGACGGAGGUAUUGUCAAAGGGCGAACAACCUGUCGUCAGCAAGCAAUCGAGCAGUAAUCUACAGCUCAGUCCCCCACAACCUCCAAAGCAACCGACUCCCGAGCGGGAGAAAUCCCCCGUCAAAGUGCCAACUCCUCCAACGAAGAAGGAAGAACCUCCGGAACAACAAAUGCCCCUGUCCGAGAAGCAACCUCCGAAGGGACAAGACAUCGAGCGUGCGAUCGUGUCGGAAGCAUCCCGCCAAAGGCGUCUCGAAUCACGCCAAAACUCCAUCGAAGAGUCGCGUGCUGUGGCCGACUUCUACAGCGAUAUGGUGCAGCAGAUUGAAAGCUCGAAAAAGCCACGCAAACUCCCGCUGUACAUGAGUCCGGACGAGGUGCGUCGGUUGAAUGAGCGUGAGUACUCGCGCAACUCUUCGCGGGCAGGCUCACGAUCACCACUGUCGGUAGAGGAUCCCUAUCUGAUGCGGGGUCGUACAUCUCGAUCACCUUCGCUUGCCUCGGAUCAUCCGAUCGUUGUGCAGCGUGGCACUAAACCGGCACGGGAAAGCAAGAUCCUGAGGCAACGGUCCGCGUCGAUCGAGAGUGAGACAGCUUCCAGGCCACCGUCUGUUGUGGGGGAUAGAAUCGGCAGUCCGGUGCAAGCUAGAGACGACGAACCCGACGGACGCAUUGGUCGGCCGUUGGACAAAAAGCGCGGCACAGGACGAGCUGGUUCGGGCGUACGGAACCGAUCACGAUCGAAUUCUGCUGCUAGGACAGCGGGUAUGCAAGGUAACACCGCAGUAGCUCCGAAAGUGGCUCCAGUAGCAGUAGCACCACCUCAAGUUACUGCUGUUCCGCCUACUGCACGCGUCAUCUCAAACAAACAACCUACGCCGGAACCUCCAGCACGCUCCAAACCUGUGCCGGAAACACCGAUCGAACCGGAGCCGAUGCCACCGGUCGUACCGGACGCGACCGAGCUGAAGCCGACCAUCUCCUACCUGACGGAUGUGGCACUGUUUGUGAUCGCUUGCUGGUUGUAUCUGUUCAAAAAUCCCAAGCUAGCUAUUCCCGUCAUCCUGCUGAUCAUGUACCGGCACAUCCGAGAAGCGGUCAAGGACAAACUGCCGACCUGGAUGAGGCGAAAGGAAGUCCCGCUCACUAGCUGAGCGACAAUCUGAUCAGGGACCACACAUCUCUCUAUAAAGACAUUGUUUUGCAUUGCCCCGCAUUGAAGAAGGAUGUAGAUUGGGGGGCAAAAGGGGAUUUUUUUUUCUAAAUAUUGUCGUUGUUCCGUAGUCAUCCACAGCUUUUGGGAACCAGCCAAGACAUCGUAGCCGAUGCCGGUUCCGUGUUCCGCACCGUGUUCGCGUUCAGCACUCUUCGGUGUUCACAUACAUUUACUCUACUUACUCGUGCACUAGCACUUUCUCAGCUGCACGUUAAUGCACGAAACUCACGCGGACGGCGGAUAAGGAAUCUCUCGGUCGAAGUUAUUCAACCUCGCCACACAGAAACCAAAAAAAAACGCUUAAAUUAAUAUACCAACACGACACAUAACAACGACGUUAUUCUACUUGUGAUGCACACUCACGCACGAACUCUCACACGACGUUAAUUACGAGUGCAUCAAGGGAUGGAAAGGAAACAGGGAGGAAACAGGCUGACAAGAAUCGUGUUAUUCCCGGAUGCAACCAGAUCACUUUAAUGUGGCGAUGCUGCGUCGUAUGUAUCGUUUGUAUGUAUGCUGCACACACAGAAACACACACUCAAUACGAUUAUUUUUGUUACCUCUCGACCACCAAUUGUUGCUGCACAUAUAUUUGCACAUUGGCUCGCUUUCAUUGUACGCAGGCGGCACCACGGCAUUGCCGUUGCUUGUGUUUUAUCUUACUUUGUCACACUAAAUCGCCAUUUGUUGGGUGGGGCUGUAGAGAGCAGCCGCCAUUAUCAUCAGCGUCUCAUCCUCAUCGCGAUCUUAGCUCGACCGCUAUGGUUACCGUAUUUGUAUUUGUGUACCGUGUUUUUUUACACCACAGCAUAAAUGUGUAUGUAUAUAUGUUUUUUUUUCUUGCAAAAAGCGAAUCGUGAAAAAUAAAACGUUUAAAGUGUACCCACAUUCACACCGAACGCAGA